AUGCUGCGCAAAUUUAUGGCCACGGACGUCUUCCAGUCCACGAAUCUUGACGACGCAGUCGGCGAUCUCGCAUUCCGUACUAAAACACAUCACCCACGGCUCACCCGCUCCGGAUCGCAAGCAAGCAACAGCAAUUUCACCUCAAUCCGAGCCUUGGAGAAAUGUCCAAUGAUCCCGUCUGAGCUUGACAUGACAUUCACGGAGGAUGCCGAGGGAGACACUGUCGCAGACAUCACCUGGGAAGGCGACAAUGUUGUCCUCAUCCCCAUACUAGUAGGCGAUGAGUGCAUCAAGGGUACUGCUGAACUCUUUGGCGCGGCAUCUAUGAGGAUAUCGCGAUCUAACUCAAAGAUCCCGAGGCCACGAGAAAGGCUUUCCGAGGAGGCGAUUUUGGCACGGGUGAUCUGGCGGUCUGACCAUACUCUUGUGAACGAGCGCAUCACAGCUACUGGACGGAUGGCGCGGCACCUCAACUGGGGAGCUUAUUAUGCCCUCACGCAGACUUAUCUGAAACUAUUUAGCACCAAGGAUGAGUCUGAGCGGGUAUACGUCCGUGCGCUCGUAGCUAUCCUGGACAAUUUCCAUUUCCAGAUGGAAGAGGUUGUCCCUGACACAGCUGAGGAGUCGGAGAGGGGAGGAGACAAUGAGGACACCGCUGUCGAUGAGGAAACCGAAUCCACAUCGGUCAAGGUCAAGGACCAAAUGAUCUCGCGCAUUGCAGAUGCGGUCAACCAUCGGCUGGUCCCAAGGCUCCUGCAACACUUAGAGAAGCGUGAUGAAACUGAGGACACUCUGAGGAUAGCGAUCGCCGUGGGUAUCAUCCAGGUCGUGAAGCAUUUACCCCGGGAGACCCGCGAGCCACAGAUAGCUAGGCUACUGACCGUCCUAAGUCAAAUCUCCCGCAGCAAGUCUCAAGAGACGAGAGACCUCACUAGGGAGACCCUAUGUCGUAUCGCCGUGAUUUUGGGGCCAUCUUACUUGCCAACGGCUAUCAAGGAGCUACGAGCCGCCUUGCUACGAGGCCCGCAACUUCACGUUUUCGAAUCAGGCUUCCACAGCAGGAUAGCAGGUCCCGCAUGUUCCGACCCCAGUCGGCAAUGGGAAUAG